GGCUGGAAAUGGUGGGCAUUUGGGAGGAGAGACUGGAGCAGCCAAUUGCUGGCCACCAGACCAUAGAGGCAAUACGUCCGGUCCUAAAACAAUGGCUUGACCGGGACCACGGCCCUAUGACAUUCCGAGUGACGCAGGUCCUCUCUGGACACGGAUGUUUUGGCCGAUAUCUGUGCAGAUUGGGCCGAGAACCGACGCCGAUAUGCCACGAGUGUGGCGCGGCCGAAGACACGGGACAACAUACGCUGGCUGUAUGCCCAGCUUGGACUGAACAGCGGGCCACACUCGUGGCUGUAGUGGGGCACGACCUGUCCCUGCCUGCCGUGGUGAAAACUAUGGCAGACAGCGACAGAUCAUGGAAAGCGGUGGUCUCUUUUUGCGAAGACGUGAUGGCGAGAAAAGAGACCGCGGAAAGAGAAAGGGAGGAAGAUCCGGCCUCCCAACCGAUGCGCCGCAAGCGCGUAGGAAGGAGGCGUUUGGCGCACAACCGCCGACUUCCCCCUUAAGGGUACCCGU